AUGGAGACUGAUCCUCCCGAGGACAUUGAAAUGAUUCCCCCAGAGUCUAUAACCCCUACAGAGGAGGAUCCAUCAGAGGCUAGCUACGAUACGGAUCCGUCUGAGAGUUCGUACCAGACCCCAGAGGAGCCAGAGGCUCCUGAGGUUGUACCAGAUUUGGCUCCUCCAGUUUCUCCUGGGAUUGAGUAUUUUGUUAGAGCAGCUACUAGCGUGAGUGUUACAGCGUAUUCUAGCCCUCUGUCUUGGCCUUCGGUCAAUCAUGAGUUACCAGAGUACUCAUACCCUACAGACUAUGAUGGGGAAGACGAGGAGAAUGCUGAUAAGAAGGCGGUUCAUCUAGAUCCGGUUAUUGAGGAAGAAGAGGUGCAUACUGAUGUGCCUAUAGUAGAUGAUGAGGUCCAUGUUGAAGAGAAACAUGCUGAUAUUCCAGAUGUUGCUGCUGAUACUACGAAACAGAUGAUAAAAGGGGCUCUUUCCCCUUUGACUCAGAUGUAUAAAGCAAAACCUCCCUUUCCUCAAAGGUUGGCAAAGAAGAAUGAUGAUGCUAAGUGUCAAAAGUUCUAUGAUCAGUUGAAGCAGUUAACGGAUAAAGGAAAUGAGACCAUUAAACCAUGGGUAGAAUCAUCAUUUGGUAAGCAAUUGGAGAUUACUGGUGAUGCACAAAAGAAGGGCGAGAGUACAAGUCAGAAAAGUAGCAAAAAGAAUAAUGAUGAGGAAAGUAGUCUCAGUAGAUCAGAACAUACCAAGGAGAAAAGUGAGGAACAAAGUUACAACAGCAGCACCCAAAGAGAAAAGCAUGACCAACAACAACAAAGCAAGGAGAAGCAAGAGGAACAUGAUGGAAAAUCAAACAAGCAGCAGCAACAAACUGAAGAGGAGCAGGAAAACAAUAUGUCAAUUCAUAAUAACGAACAUGAGGUGCCAGAUAAACCACCCGAUGAGUUAACUGACUUGACAGUAAGAGGAGAGGAUGUUGAAAUUAAAAGCAUAGUUGGAGAUACUCAAUCUUCUUCAAAAGGAGACAAAGGAGCAGAAUGGGAGAUUCAGAGUACAGGAGAACAUCAAACCACAAAUGCAAUGGAAGGAAGUGGUGACAAUAUGAAGGACAAGGGAGGAGACAAACCAAAGUAUAAAAUAGGUGACACACAGAAAGACCAUAACAAAUUAACAGCCAAAAAUUUUGAACCAGGAGGACAAACUGUAGUGGAAAGUUGCAAAGAAAUUGACAUUGGUGAUGAUAAUGAGAUGGAUGAUCAGGAUACCUCACAACUCAUGCAACAGGCUUUGAUCAAAGGACGUGUUUCACCAAGACACCUUACAAAAACCAAAAAGGAGGCCAACAAGAAACAAACCAGGGAGAAAGGUGUACCCCCAACACUUGUCAAGGCGUACAGACAAGGAAAACUGCUUCUAAAUCAAAAGUUUCCCAAUGAAUAG